UUUGUUUUGGAUCGCUCGCCUAUUGUUUGCCCGGUGUUUAAAAUACUGUUUCUAUCCAUUGUAAAAUGGGCAAAUCGAAAACACAUCGUAUUAAAAGCAUUCCCGGGCCUAGCACUGCCCUCGCAGACCAAAUAAAUGAAGGUCGGGUAUCGAAGAAAUCGAAACAACCGAAGGUUCGGCUGCGUGCAGAGGAACGCGAUUACGUUGACUCGAAGUCGUCCAUGAAGAUAUUGAAGGAAGCUCGAAAACAACAAGCCGAACUAAAUCUCCUCGGUGAUUCGUUUGGGCCAACGCUAGCGGAGUCGUCUACGGUCAAAAAGAGGCAUCGAUUGGAUGACAGAGGAUCUUCCGAUGAAUCCGACCUGGAAGAUGGACAGGGUGAGGCCGAUGUCGAUGGACAGGAAUUGUUUGAUGAUAUCAAAAUCAACGAGGAAGAUGAACGUGCAUUUGAGAUGUUUCAGAACAAGGAUGGAGCGAAGACACGUACGCUUGCGGACUUAAUUCUAGAAAAAAUAUCAGAAAAACAAACUGAAAUUCAAACUCAGUUUACCGACAACGGAUCACUGCAGCUGGAAGAGAUAGAUCCUCGAGUGCGUGAAAUGUAUGAAGGCGUGCGGGACGUACUGAAACGCUACCGCAACGGAAAGAUGCCGAAAGCAUUCAAGCUUAUUCCGAAGCUGCGAAACUGGGAGCAGUUUCUCUACAUUACGGAGCCACAAAAUUGGAGUGCCGCUGCCAUGUUCCAAGCGGUGAGAAUAUUUUCCUCCAGUUUGACGCAGUACAUGGCACAACGUUUCUACAAUCUUGUACUGUUGCCACGAGUACGUGAUGACCUGGCAGAGUAUGGUCGGCUGAACUUUUACCUUUACCGGGCGCUGAAGCUAGCGCUGUACAAACCGGCUGGUUUCAUGAAGGGUAUCAUCCUGCCUCUCCUUGAGUCCGGCGACUGUACUUUACGCGAAGCGAUUAUCUUUGGCAGCAUCAUUAGCACCACCAAGAUUCCGGCUCUUCACAUUUCGGCUUGCUUGCUCAAAAUCUGCGAAAUGGAAUAUUCCGGUGCCUGUUCGGUGUUUAUCCGCAUCAUUCUAGACAAACGCUAUGCACUACCAUAUCGCGUCGUUGACGCAGCUGUUUUCCAUUUUCUCAAGUUCGAGCAGGAUAAACGAGAACUACCCACACUAUGGCACAAGGCUUUGCUAUCCUUUGCCCAGUGGUACAAGAAUGAUAUUUCUUCGGAGCAGAAAGAUGCUUUGAUGCAGCUGUUGAGGAAAAAGUCCCACAAGAAAAUCACCCCAGAAAUCCGACGAGAGCUGAUAGCUGGACGCUGCCGCGAUGUGGAAAUUGGCCAGAGUCUGGUGCAUGAGGCGGAUGUGGAGUUCCAAGAGGACAAUGAUUACACUCCGAUGGAUGAUGAUGCGUCAGGAAACUCGUUUGUGAAGAAAUCGAAACCCAGCGAAAAUGAUGAAGAAAUGGAAAGCGACGGUGACGAUGAUGAUGACGAAGAUGAAGAUGAUGUUUAAGAUAGAUACGUUAUCUGUUUUGUCACAGUUUUAUUGGCAAUAUUCUUCAUUUAACAAGAUAUUUAUCCAUCUAUCGAAAACAAAUAAAAGUUUGAAAGCAGAACUUUGAAAAUUAAGGCUGCUGAUAAGCCCCUAC